AUGGACAUCUAUGACAUCCUGAAGGCACUUAUAUUUUUAACUCUAGCCAUUACUGGAAUAACAGGAAAUGGCUUUAUUAUACUAAGCUUCUGUGAAACUGUCUGCCAGAAACAACAUAAGAAACUGAAGACUACUGAUAUAAUCAUUGUGCAGCUAGCAACUUCAAAUUUCAUCAUGGUACUUUCAAGAGGGGUUCCAGACUGUUUGUUUGCAUUUGGCAUCAAAAAUCUCUUUAAUGACACCGGCUGUAAAUUUAUUGCAUUUAUUUCCAGAGUAGCCAGGUCCAUGUCUAUGUGUUUAACAAGCCUGCUUAGUUGUUUUCAGUUUGUCACUCUUGCCUCAUCAAAUGCUAAAUGGGCAUAUAUAAAAAACAAAAUUCAAACAUUUCUUUUAACUAUAGUUAUUUCCCUGUUGUUUGCAAAUACACUGGCAUAUGUAACUGGAACUAUUUUCUCUGUAUCUGGAAGCAACUCCACUGAUCUCAGAUACUCAUAUAAUUUUGGAUACUGUCUUGUAACAUUUCCUAGCAAAGAAUCAUUCCAAGCUAAAGGUUUUUUAACUUUUGCACAAGAUUGUUUUGUUGUUGUUCUUAUGGCUAUGACUAGUGGUAGCAUGCUAUUCAUUCUUUAUUGGCAUGGGAAACAGGUAAAAGGGAUUAGAACUUCAGACCAGAGUCAAGAAGUAACAGCAGAGAACAGAGCAGCCAAAGCUGUUGCCAUUCUUGUGAGUUUAUACAUCUUUUUCUUCGGGGUAGAUAGCACGAUUAUGCUUUACCAAGUAACGUUUUUCCGAAUUCAUAUCAUUGUGUCAGAUAUUCGAACAUUCUUCUCAGUAUGUUAUACUUCAGUCUUUCCAUUCCUGAUAAUUAAGCAACGGAAAUCUAGGAAAAUCGAACCAAAUAUGUAG